AUGGCGCCUACCUUGGCCACGGCUUUCGCCCGCCGUUGGUGGAUGGCAGUGACGGCGGUCAUCGAGAACCUCCUUUUCUCUGCUGUGCUGCUUGGCUGGGGAUCACUGCUCAUCAUGCUCAAGUCAGAGGGCUUCUACUCCUACCUGUGCAAACGACCAGGUAACCUCAACAACAACACCGCCAACUUCAGUCUCUCCAACACAUCUGACACUGAGACGUCUGAUGCCGAGGAGUACCUGGAGAUGAAUGGCUGGCAGAUCUGCAAGGACCAAGAUGAGAUGCUAAACCUGGCCUUUACUGUGGGCUCCUUCUUGUUGUCCGCCAUCACACUGCCCAUGGGGAUCGUCAUGGACAAAUACGGACCGCGGAAGCUGCGACUUCUUGGCAGUGCCUGCUUUGCCUUCUCCUGCCUCCUUAUCGCCUAUGGAGCCAGCGAUCCCAACAAUCUGUCCAUCUUGAUCUUCUUUGCCCUGGCCAUGAAUGGAUUCGGAGGGAUGUGCAUGACCUUUACCUCUCUGACGCUUCCCAACAUGUUCGGAGACCUCAGGUCGACCUUCAUCGCCCUAAUGAUCGGAUCCUACGCCUCGUCUGCUGUUACUUUCCCCGGCAUUAAGGUGAUCUAUGACCUAGGUGCAACCUUUAUCUCGAUCUUGCUGGUUUGGGCCGGUUGCGCCUGUCUGGUCUUUCUCAACUGCUUCAUCAACUGGCCUCUGGAGCCCUUCCCUGGCCCAGAGGACAUGGACUUCACAGUGAAGAUCAAGUUCAGCUGGCUUGGAUUUGACCACAAGAUCACAGGGAAGCAGUUUUAUCGGCAGGUCACCACCGUAGGGCGCCGGCUGAGUGUAAGCAACUCUGUAAAGCAACAGUACCAGCCACCCAAAGACCUGGCUUCUCAGGACGCCAGCAAGAUGUGCCUGUCUACGGUUGACCUGCAGGUCACCUGCAAGCCCCCAGAGGAAGUUGCUCAGACAUUCAUGAGGAGUGUGUUGAGCCCUAUCUUCCUCCUGAGCCUCAUCACCAUGUGCGUCACCCAACUGCGCCUCAUCUUCUACAUGGGCGCUAUGAACACCAUUCUGGAGUCACUGACCGAAGGAGACCUAAGCACAGUGAGCACGUACACAUCCAUCUUCGGUGUACUUCAACUAUUGUGUCUGGCGACCUCUCCGGUGAUUGGCUACGUCAUGGAUUGGAGGCUGAAAGACUGCGAGGAUGAGAAUGACAAGAGCACCGUGAGGGAGCCUGGCCAGCCUCGUCGGCCAGACAAAAAGAUUCAGAAGAUAGUCAACUCUACCCGGGCCUUCAUUUUCACCAAUUUACUCCUGGUGUGCUUUGGAGUGACUUGCAUCAUGCCCAGCCUCCCUCUUCAGAUUUUGUCCUUCAUCCUGCACACAAUAGUCAGAGGAUUCAUCCACUCAGCAGUUGGAGGCCUCUACGCUGCUGUGUAUCCGUCCUCUCAGUUUGGCAGUUUAACAGGCAUGCAGUCGCUGAUCAGCGCUCUGUUUGCCCUGCUCCAACAGCCUCUAUUCAUGGCCAUGGUGGGACCCCUGGAGGGAGACCCCUUAUGGGUAAAUGUGGGUCUUUUGGCGCUGAGCAUGCUGGGGUUCUGCCUGCCUGUCUACCUGCUGUUCCACAGCCGACACCUCCAGCGUCUUAGGGACGAGCGCGACGACGACCCAAAGAUCUUCGUCAAGAUGGAAAACGGCAACAAGAUCGAGGCCUUUGUCUAG